UGCAUGUAUACCAUUGGUCUAGCGUAUGUCCUUAGAUUUUAUUUCAUUUCAAUCAAAUACUCUGAAUUCUGAACCCUAGCUCCGAGUAAAAGAAAAUAAUUAAAUUAGGAGGAUAGUGUAGAGGGAGAAGGAGUGAUUGAGAUGGGGGAUAGUGUGAGUGGAGGAUAUGUAUCGGAUGAAAUGCUGGGAACGUUUGCGCCGAUAGUGGUGUAUUGGUUGUACUCCGGAUUCUAUUCCUUGCUGGGAGGUUUUGAGAAUUACAGGUUGCAUUCAAAGAAAGAUGAAGAUGAGAAGAAUUUAAUCACUAAGAAGGAAGUUGUCAAAGGUGUAAUCCUCCAACAGGCUGUGCAGGCCAUUGUGGCCACUAUCCUCUUUGCGGUCACCACAAAUGAAAGUGAGGCUGCUGUAGAUCAACAACAAACAUCUGUUCUUGUUCUUAUAAGGCAAUUUAUCAUUGCUAUGGUGGUACUAGACACGUGGCAAUAUUUCAUGCACAGAUACAUGCAUCAAAACAAGUUUCUUUACCGUCAAAUCCAUUCUCAGCACCACCGGCUUGUUGUACCCUAUGCUUUCGGAGCUCUGUACAACCACCCCAUUGAGGGUCUCAUCCUAGACACUGUUGGCGGGGCCAUGGCUUUUCUUGCCUCGGGCAUGUCUCCAAGGGUUUCCAUCUUCUUCUUCUCCUUUGCCACCAUUAAAACAGUUGAUGAUCACUGUGGGCUGCUGUUGCCUGGGAACCUUUUUCAUAUCUUUUUUAAGAACAACUCAGCUUAUCAUGACAUUCAUCACCAGUUUUAUGGAAGCAAAUAUAACUUCUCACAACCUUUCUUUGUGACGUGGGACCGAAUCCUUGGGACCUACAUGCCCUACAAACUUGAGCAAAGAGAUGAUGGCGGCGGUUUUGAAGCUAGGCCCACUAAGGAUUGCAAGGAUGAUUGACGAAAAAAACUGCAGUUGUAAUGGUUUGUUACUUUGUUGCACUUUGAUGUCAUUUUCUGUUUGUAUAUACACAGAAUAUGUUUGCAUAUAUUGUUGUAUAAUUAGUGGCGCUCUUUAAUGUGUAAGAUCAUGUUCAGUUAUUAUUUCUUGCUUAGCAUUUAAUUUUCCCCCCUUUCUCAUUGCAGCAAGUUCGACUGCUAUUAAAUACGGAGUAUUUUAUUAUGGAUUCUAUGAGUUAUAAACUAGUUUAGAUGUUCUAUUACUGGGUCUGAUUUUACAAUUUACAUAUAAGCAUGUCUAUAAGGAGGUUUAUAUAAUGUUUGCAUUUGCUGA